CCGCACCCCACACCGUGUGCAAAUGUAAAAGCGUUUAAUUGCGUGCAGGUGAUAGUUUUUUUCUAAACAAGACCUCACAGCAGUAAACAGAUUGUGACGGUGACUGCCAGGGAGUAGGUGUCAUUAGCUCAUUGUUGCCAGACAGUGGGAUACAGAGUAAUGUGACACAUCACAAUAUUGCAUUGUAGUGAUUUCUCAUAGUUUUCGGGAAAUUUUCAAGUGAAAGUUGACAGUUUGUGAAAUGCAUAUCGUAUGAAAAACAAAUCAGCGUUCGAUUGAGUUGAGAUUUGAGCAGAGUUGAGAUUGAGAUUGAGAGAAGCGGAUUUGUGAGGAUACAAAUUACGUAAAUAAACAAACAUUGAGCAUCCAAAAAUCACAAGUUCAUAAAAUUGCAAAAUAAAUGAGACGAGACGGUUAUAAUUUUUGAAUUGUAUGGAUUUCCAGACCAACAUGAAGUGAUUUUCGAAAUUAUUGUGUAAUUGCAACUGCCAGACAGCACUGUUAUGUGAAAAAGUGUCUAGAGAUUAAAAGAUACGGUGAUUUAUAGUAAUAAUUUUGCAGAAAUGGAUCAAAUUGAGCCACAGGUGAAGCAAAUGCUGAAUGGGGGUGGAAACACUGAAGACAUUACGUACUGCGAUUUUACAUUGGCUGAUCAAAAUGAAGCGUUGGCAUCCAAGGGCGUAGGGUCCUCCGGUCCGACAGAUUUUGUUCCCAUCACCAAGAAGACGGUCACAUAUAUCGUCGCAGCGGUUUUGGUCAACGAAGACAAUGAGGUCCUAAUGAUGCAGGAAGCCAAGCCGUCAUGCAGUGGCCAAUGGUACCUUCCUGCUGGGAGGAUGGAACCAGGAGAAACGAUUCAGGAAGCGGUCAAACGUGAAGUUCUUGAAGAAACUGGCCUUGACAUGGAACCAACGACUCUUUUAAUGGUAGAAUCUGCAGUCGGUUGUUGGUUUCGAUUUGUAUUCACUGGAACGGUUAUCGGUGGAAGGCUAAAAACAACUGCCGAAGCAGACAAGGAGUCAUUGCAAGCUCGGUGGGUCAAAGAUGUCACAGAGAUUCCAUUAAGAGCUAAAGACAUUCUCCCAUUGAUAGAAAGAGGGCUGGAAUAUCACUUGAACAGAAAUGAACCAUGGCAUUCUAAAAUCAUGCCAGUUUUGGUUGGUCGCACCAAAUUGUACAUGCGCAUAAUCGUUGCAGUUCGCAAGAAGUCAAACAACAAAGUAUCCGUACUUGUAGGAGAAAGAAAUCACUGUCAUCUUCCAAUUUGUGAAAUUCACCCCCAGAAGAGCUUACAUUCCACUUUGAGGAAAUACAUGAACGAAAUUUUCGGAGCAGAUUUACCCCCACACCGACCACAUGGAAUUCUUAGUGUUGAGUACAAUGGGAAACCUCGCGAUACCCAUGACGGUAUGACUCUGAAUCUUCUUGUGUCUGUCCGUCAACCGCUGGAAGACGUUGUCAUAAUUGACAAGUACACAUGGAAAGAAGUAGGAUCAUCGGUUGGAGACGAACUACUUCGCAGGAUGGGGAAAAAUCUGACCAUUCCCCUUCACGUAAUCCGAUGAAAGACAUUCCAGCUACAUCCACAAUUUUCUGUAACUGCCAAAUUACGUACCAAUCUUUAUGCAAUUGACUAUAUAUCUUAUUGUAAAUCGGGAAGGGGUUUUCUCUUACUUAAAAUCAAAUCGUCGGUCAGGUGAUUGACAGACAGUUUGGCCAAAGCCGAUUUGGCGAAAAUAAAUUUUCGCCAAAGUGGUACUUUGAAACCCUUGGUCUAAGAAUUUAGUAAAGUGGGUGAAAUUUUUUUUUCGCCAAGCGGGAUUUUUUUUUGGCGAAUUUUUUUCGCCAAACUGUCCGACUUCCGGUCAGGUCGCGUGCAAACGUUACAUAAAUAUGAAAAUACAUUAUUGCUAUUCCGUGAAUGACUUGUAUUUAUUUAUUUUAUGUCCCCGUGAUAAUGAGAAAUUAAUGACAAAUCAGUAAUUAGUAAACAAGAUUAUAGUAGAAUUAAUAUGAAAUGAAUGAAAUAAAGUUGUCUGGCUCGACCAUUACUGAAUUAA